GCAGACGUAGAUGUCAUCUAAGCCGACGAAAAGGCACUCUCUCGGGCGGCAAAAAGAAUGCUCUCCCUCCCUCGGCGCACUUUAGCUUAGAUUCGACGCCUCCAAAGUGAAAAUUUGUUUCACUUCCUCCACCCACUCCUAUCCAACUUAACCUCCACUCCCCCACUAACGUACCGCACAACGCGCAUGGUUUUCUUAACCUGCGCACACACCACGGUUCGCGCACAGGCGACUGGCAAUACGUUCCCUCUGCAAUAAAUUGUCCUUGAUUUGUUUUUUCCCCCGCUCUUCUCGCCCCCCUCAACAGUCAACACAUCCCAUCGCCUCACCGCCGACCGAGAACGUAAAGGCUGAUCAAUCCAAUGGCGGACCCUCCGGCGGCUGACCCCUUCCCGGAGGCACGACGCGACACGGACGCCGGGGCUGUCUUCGUCCUCGAAUCCAAAGGGGAGUGGUGGCACGCGGGGUACCACCUGACGACGGCGAUAGUGGGGCCGACGAUACUGACGCUGCCGUACGCGUUCAGGGGACUGGGAUGGGCAUUAGGGUUCCUCUGCCUGACGGUGAUGGGGGCCGUCACCUUCUACUCCUACUUCCUCCUGUCCAAGGUCCUCGACCACUGCGAGAAGUCCGGCCGCCGCCACAUCCGCUUCCGUGAGCUCGCCGCCGACGUCCUCGGGUCGGGAUGGAUGUUUUACUUUGUAAUAUUUAUUCAAACUGCGAUCAACACCGGAAUUGGAAUCGGAGCGAUCUUGCUUGCUGGUGAAUGCCUCCAGAUCAUGUACUCGAACCUUGCUCCGGAUGGCUCCCUCAGACUGUAUGAGUUCAUCGCAAUGGUGACGGUGGUCAUGAUCGUUCUAUCUCAGCUCCCGACCUUCCAUUCCCUCAGGCACAUUAACCUCGCCUCCCUCUUCCUCAGUCUGGGUUACACCUUUCUCGUAGUCGGCGCUUGUAUUCGUGCAGGUUUAUCGAAGAAUGCACCGCCAAGGGACUACUCCUUGGAAUCUUCAGAGUCCGCGAGGGUUUUUAGCGCCUUCACUUCCAUAUCCAUAAUAGCCGCAAUUUUCGGGAAUGGUAUUCUGCCGGAGAUACAAGCAACUCUGGCUCCUCCUGCAACUGGGAAGAUGUUUAAGGGCCUUAUAAUGUGUUAUUCGGUGAUCUGCGUCACUUUCUACUCUGCUGCGGUGUCUGGAUAUUGGGCAUUUGGGAACGAAUCCAACUCGAACAUCCUCAAGAGCCUGAUGCCCGACAAUGGGCCUGCUUUAGCUCCGACAUGGGUUCUUGGCCUGGGGAUCGUAUUUGUACUUCUGCAGCUCUUCGCUAUCGGCUUGGUAUACUCCCAAGUAGCAUACGAGAUCAUGGAACAGAAAUCGGCUGAUGUGAAGCAGGGGAUUUUUUCAAUGAGAAACCUCAUUCCAAGGAUCAUACUUCGGACUCUGUACAUGAUCUUCUGCGGGUUUGUUGCGGCGAUGCUUCCCUUCUUCGGAGACAUAAAUGGUGUGGUGGGAGCUAUCGGCUUCAUUCCUCUAGAUUUCGUCCUCCCGAUGGUCCUCUACAACAUGACCUACAAGCCACCAAGGUCGUCCCUCAAAUACUGGGUCAAUGUCUCGAUCAUCGUGGUCUUUUCUGGUGCCGGAAUAAUGGGCUCCUUCUCUUCAAUAAGGAAGCUGGUCUUUGACGCUAACAAGUUCAAGCUCUUCAGCAGUGAUGUGGUCGACUAAGGCUCAAGCAAGUUCGUUACAUGGAACAGAAUAACAUACAAAUAGCAGGCAACGCGAUAAAAUUGUAAUCCGAUUUAAGUUGCAAAGUACCAUCACCUCCAUGAAAGUCACUGUCUGUUGAACAGAGUGAUAGUGCCAACUGCUAACAGCUAAAAGUUCUCUUGCUACUGAUUGUAAUAGGAAUAGAUCUUAAAGCACAGUAUAUCAAAGUAAUAUCCUUGUCCAAAAAAAGAAACUAUACAUUUUGCAAUAGGCGAAGGCGAAAAAAGCCAUUUGAUCUUUA